AAAAAGGCCAAAAGAACAGAACAUCAUAACAGAACAAGAGACAGAACAGAGUGUUCCAGAGUUUGAACAACAUCAUAGAAUUUUGCAUCUUCAGAAACAUCAAUGGAAGGCAUCAAUAAGCGACUCUUUAGUUCAUCAAUUUCACCAACAAUGGUGUUUCUCUUUCUAGGUUUUGCUAUUCUUCUAAUGCUACCAAUGGCAUCAGCUUCAAGGAUUUUGGUUGGUGGUAGCAAGGGUUGGAACACAAAUUUCAACUACACUACUUGGGCUAAGGACAGGCAUUUCUACAAUGGUGAUUGGCUUUUUUUUGUGUAUGAUAGGAACCAAAUGAAUGUACUAGAAGUAAACAAAACAGAUUAUGAAACAUGCAACUCAGAUCAUCCACUUCACAACUGGACAACUGGAGCAGGAAGAGAUGUCGUUCCAUUGAAUGUGACUCGACAUUACUAUUUCAUAAGUGGCAAAGGAUUUUGUUUUGGUGGAAUGAAAAUAGCUGUUCAUGUUGAAAAUCUACCUCCACCACCAAAAGCUUUACCUAUAAAAUCUUUUGCACCAUCUCUUAAAGGCCAUAACAUCCUUCUCAUGCCUAUUGUUUUUGCUAUUGGAGCAGCUUGGGAUUCAUUCAUUUAUUUAUGGUAACUUUUAGAUGAUUCCUUAAACAAAUACCAAUUGGUGUUACUUGUUGAUGAUGAUUAUGUUGUGUUGAGCUUUUUUGUUUUUUAAGGUUUUAAAAGGGUCAUUGUUGGUUGGAAUAGUUGUUGACCUUAAAUGAGGUUGAAGGGUGAAUGAUGUUUGUAGUAUGUUAGGUAGUGUUUGGUGUUUGGUUAGUGUGUUUCUGUUUGUUGUGUUAUGAGGAGAAAUAUGUUACAAACUUGUUUGAUUUAAUUUAUUGGAGAAAUUAAAUGCGGAAAUUGUGGAAA